CACGGCCCAAUUAGAAACAGUUUUAUCCCUUUCCCCAAGCAGGCCAGCAUCCUCCCAGCCCAUUAGCCCCAACAAACUCCGCCGCCGCCGCGGCCUCGCUCCACAGGGCGCAACCGCCGUCAAGCCGGCGUCGUCCCGACCUCGCCCCGCCGAGAUGUGCAUGAUUGCGCGGCAAAUUGGGGACGCUGCUGGUCGCGGGGGCUCCUAUCGAAGAAUCCCGUGUCCGCCAAUCCCUCCGCUUGGUGUAGGCAUCACUGCAGCUUUGCCCAGCCCCAAUCUGGGUAUCACUAGAGGGACAGUGGGUUGCCAUGAGCCAUUGAGCCAUCACAUCAGCCACGGAAUCGAGAUAUCUAAAAGAGGUUAGCAGAUUUUGCGGAGGAAAACAUUGUAUCUUGUUGGACUGUAUGUAUUAAGCGGUCUGCAUAAUGCAAAGAACAAAGGGGUAUUUGGAUGAGCAAUUUUGUCAGAUUGAGGACUUGCAGGAUGAAACAAGCCCUAAUUUUGCGGAAGAAGUGGUUUCCUUGUUCUUUAAGGACUCGGUGAGGCUAGUGACAAACAUCGAGCAAGCUAUGGAGAAGUAUCCCGAAGAUUUCAAUAGAUGGGAUGCACACAUGCAGCAACUGAAAGGCAGUUGUUAUAGCAUUGGUGCUUCUAAGAUGAACAAUGAGUGCACAUUAUUCAGGAACAACUGUGGACAAGAAAAUGCUGAAGGCUGCAUGAGAUCUUUCCAGAAAGUGAAGAGGGAGCAUGCUAUCCUUAGGCAGAAGCUGGAGUCCUACUUCCAGCUGCUGCGACAAGCCGGUCCUGCCGGGACCGCAACCAGGCCUGCAGGCAAGUAAGGAGCCAGACCUUGGCACUCGGACAGACAGGUGCACCAGAAUGGGGUAGUUGCAGUGAAUAAAAGACCCACCAGGAAUAGGAUUAAGGCAUGGUGUUGUCAUGGCCUCAAGGGCGCAAUUGCAUAUCAUACAAUCAUACGGGCAACCAUGUUGGUGCCCUAUUGUGGUGAUAAUAGACAAUAUUCUGAUGUACAUGACAUGUCCUCUUAUUGCGCUAUAUAUGCGAUAAAACUAAAAUCGAUCUAGCUUA